UGGGAUUAAAGGGAGGCGAGGAGGUGGGCUGCUUGCCCAGGAGCGCGAGCCAGAGGGCAAGCAGCAAACGCAAGGGCGCACGCCAUUGGUGGGCAAGGCGCAGGCGCGUGUCUUCAGCGGAGCCCAAAAUUUUGGGGGCGUGCGUGGAGCGAAGAACCAGGGAUGUUGGCGCGCAUGGGCAGACGGUGCCCGGGCGCCGGGUCAGUUCAUUUCUUCCUCCCAAGACGGGCGCUGCGUGGUCACGCCGGAUUUGACCCGGAAGCGGGAAAAGUGCGUGAAUAGCGGGCUCGAGCGGCUGUAGCCGCAGGCGGAGGCUGGUGAAGCGGCGAUUUGGGUUGCAUCCUUGCAACUUGAAGAGAUUGCGCUUUGGCUGUCGGAGUCCAUCGCGAGCAUCCGUUGAGGCUUAAACUUACGGUCGCCUGGUUAAGAUUACCGGCUCUGGACUCACACUGCUCUCCGGAGUUGGAAUUCUGUCAGCUGUGUAACCUCGCUGUACUGUCUUCCUUGUGAUAAUCCUUGCCUGUGGUGGCAUUCGAGAGCGUUCGCUGCUGUUUUUACCAGACAAUGAUCUGUUUUCUGAAAUUCUGAACUAUGAGUCUAGCACUUAAUGAUCUGCUUAUUUGCUGCCGUCAACUGGAACAUGAUAGAGCUACCGAACGAAGGAAAGAAGUUGAGAAAUUUAAGUGCCUGAUUCGGGAUCCUGAAACUGUUCAACAUUUAGAUCGGCAUUCAGAUUCCAAGCAAGGGAAAUAUUUGAAUUGGGAUGCUGUUUUUAGAUUUUUACAGAAACAUAUUCAGAAAGAAACCGAAUGUCUGAAGACAGCAAGACCAAAUGUGUCAUCCUCAGCACAAGCCACCAGGCAGAAAAAGAUGCAAGAAAUCAGUAGCUUGGUCAAAUACUUCAUCAAAUGUGCAAAUAAAAGAGCACCCAGGCUAAAAUGUCAAGAACUCUUGAAUUACAUCAUGGAUACAGUGAAAGAUUCAUCUGAUGGUGCCAUUUAUGGAGCUGAUUGUAGCAACAUACUGCUCAAAGACAUUCUUUCAGUGAGAAAAUACUGGUGUGAAAUAUCUCAGCAACAGUGGCUAGAAUUAUUCUCUGUGUACUUCAGGCUGUAUCUUAAACCUUCUCAAGACAUUAAUAGAGUUUUACUGGCUAGAAUAAUUCAAGCUGUGACUAAAGGAUGCUGCUCACAAACUGAUGGAUUGAAUCCCAAAUUUUUGGAUUUUUUUUCCAAGGCUAUUCAAAAUGCAAGACAAGAAAAGAUCUUUGCAGGUCUAAAUCAUAUCUUAGCGGCAUUUAUUAUCUUCCUCAAGACUUUAGCUGUUAAUUUUCGAAUUCAAGUGUGUGAAUUAGGAGAUGAAAAUCUUCCUACUUUGGUUUAUAUUUGGACUCAACACAGACUUAAUGAUUCUUUAAAAGAAAUAAUUAUUGAAUUAUUUCAGCUGCAAAUUUAUAUCCAUCAUCCAAAGGGAGCCAAAACCCAAGAAAAAGGUGCUUAUGAAUCAAGAAAAUGGAGAAGUAUCUUAUACGACUUAUAUGAUCUGCUAGUUAAUGAGAUAAAUCAUAUAGGGAGCAGAGGAAAAUAUUCUUCAGUAUUUCGUAGUAUUGCUGUCAAGGAAAACUUGAUUGAAUUGAUGGCAGAUAUCUGUCACCAGGUUUUUAAUGAAGAUACCAGAUCUUUGGAGAUUUCUCAGUCCUAUACCAUCACACAAAGAGAAUUUAAUGCUUACAGUGUACCUUGCAAAAAGAGGAAAAUAGAAUUAGGCUGGGACGUAAUAAAAGAUCAUCUUCAGAAGUCACAGAAUGAUUUUGAACUUGUGCCUUGGUUACAGAUUACAACCCAAUUAAUAUCAAAAUAUCCUGCAAAUUUACCUAACUGUGAGCUGUCACCAUUAUUAAUGAUACUACACCAGCUUCUACCUCAACAGCGACGUGGGGAACGCACACCAUAUGUGUUACGAUGCCUUAUGGAAGUUGCUCUGUGUCAAAGCAAGAAAUCAGAUCUCGAAAGCUCACAAAAGUCAGAUUUAUUGAAACUCUGGAUUAAAAUUUGGUCUAUUACCUUUCGCAGGAUAAGUUCUGAACAAAUACAAGCUGAAAACUUUGGCUUACUUGGAGCCAUAAUUCAAGGGAGUUUAGUUGAAGUUGACAGAGAAUUCUGGAAGUUAUUUACUGGAUCAGCCUGUAGACCUUCAUGUCCUGCAGUAUGCUGUUUGAUGUUGGCACUGACCAUCUGUGUGGUUCCAGAAACAGUAAAAAUGGGAAUGGAGCAGAAUAUAUGUGAAGUAAAUAGAAGUCUUUCUUUAAAAGAAUUAAUAAUGAAAUGGCUCUUAUUCUAUCAGUUAGAGGAUGACUUUGAAGACAGGACAGAGCUGCCUCCAACUCUUCACAGUGAUUUUCCUCAUCUUGUACUGGAGAAAAUCCUUGUGAGUCUCACUAUGAAAAACUGUAAAGAUGCAAUGAAUUUUUUCCAGAGUGUGCCAGAAUGUGAACAACACCAAAAAGAUAAAGAAGAGCCUUCAUUCUCAGCAGUUGAAGAAUUAUUUCUUCGGACAACUUUUGACAAGAUGGAUUUUUUAACCGUUGCGAAAGACUGUGUUGUAGAAAAGCACCAAUCCAGUAUAUGCUUUUCUGUCCACCAAAAUCUCAAGGAAUCACUGGAUCGCUAUCUUCUGGGGUUGUCAGAACAGCUUCUAAAUAACUACUCGUAUGAGACUACAAAUACAGGAACGCUUGUUCGGUGUUCAAGUCUUUUGGUGGGUGUUCUUGGUUGCUAUUGUUUCGUGGGUGUAAUAACUGAAGAGGAAGCAUAUAAAUCAGAAUUAUUCCAGAAAGCUAAGUCUCUAAUGCAGUGUGCAGGAGAAAGUAUCACUCUGUUUAAAAAUAAGACAAAUGAGGAAUCUAGAAUUGUUUCCUUGAGAGAAAUGAUGCAUCUAUGUACAAGGUGCUUAUGUAACUGUACCAAGCACAAUCCAAACAAAAUUGCAUCUGGCUUUUUCCUACGAUUGUUAACAUCAAAGCUAGUGAAUGAUAUUGCAGAUAUUUGUAGAAGUUUAUCAUCUUUUAUCAAAAAGCCACUUGACUAUAAAGAAGUAGAAUCAAUGGAAGAUAACACUAAUGAAAAUCUAAUGGAGAUGGAGAAUCAGUCAUCCAUGAGUGUAUGUAGUGAUUUCCCUGCUAGUAGUGUUAGUGAUGCAAAUGAAUCUGGAGAGAGCCAGCUUACUAUCGGGGCCAUGAGUCCUUUAGCUGAAGAACAUCUGUCAAAGCAAGAUCUACUUCUUUUGGAUAUGGUCAGGUUCCUGUGCAUGUGUGUAACUACGGCUCUUACCAAUACUGUGUCAUUUAGAGCAGCUGAUAUUCGGAGGAAAUUGUUAAUGUUAAUUGAUUCUAGCAUUCUAGACCCUACUAAACCGCUACACCUACACAUGUAUCUAGUGCUUUUAAAGGAGCUUCCUAGAGAAGAAUAUCCUUUGCCAAUGGAAGAUGUUGCUGAACUUCUAAAACCACUAUCCAAUGUAUGUUCUUUGUAUCGCCGUGACCAAGAUGUUUGUAAAACAAUUUUAAACCAUGUCCUUCAUAUAGUGACGAACCUAUGUCAAGGCAAUAUAGAUGCUGAGAACACAAAAGAUGCUCAAGGACAGUUUCUAACAGUGAUUGGAGCAUUUUGGCACUUAACAAAAGAGGGGAAGUGCACAUUUUCUGUAAGAAUGGCACUAGUAAAAUGCCUUAAAACUUUGCUUGAGGCUGAUCCUUAUUCAAAAUGGGCUGUUCUUAGUGUAAUGGGAAAAGACUUUCCUGUAAAUGAAGUUUUUCCACAAUUUCUUGCUGAUAAUGAUCACCAAGUUUGCAUGUUGGCUGCAGAAUCAAUCAAUAGAUUAUUUCAGGAUGUAAAACAAGCAAGUUCUUCCACAUUAUCGAAAGCACUUCCUUUGAAGCUUCAACAAACAGCUUUUGAAAACGCAUACUUGAAAGCUCAGGAAGGAAUGAGAGAAGUGUCCCACAGAGCUGAGAAUCCUGAACUUUUGGAUGAGAUUUAUAAUAGAAAAGCUGUUUUACUGAUGACGAUAGCAGUGGUUUUAUACUCUAGCCCUGUCUGUGAAAAACAGGCUUUGUUUGCCCUAUGCAAGUCUGUGAAAGAAAAUGGAUUAGAACCUCACCUCAUUAAAAAGGUUUUAGAGAAAGUUUCUGCAACUUUUGGAUAUAGUCAUUUAGAGGACUUCAUGGCUUCUCAUUUGGAUUAUCUGGUUUUGGAAUGGCUAAAUCUUCAAGAUACUGAAUAUAGCUUAUCUUCUUUUCCUUUUGUUUUAUUAAACUAUGCAAACGUUGAGGAUUUCUAUAGAUCUUGUUAUAAAGUUUUGAUUCCACAUCUGGUAAUUAGAAGUAAUUUUGAUGAAGUGAAAUCCAUUGCUAAUCAAAUUCAAGAAGACUGGAAACAUCUUCUAACAGACUGCUUUCCAAAGAUUCUUGUAAAUAUUCUUCCUUACUUUGCCUAUGAGGGUACAGGAGACGUUGGGAUGGGACAGCAAAGAGAGACUGCUACCAAAGUCUAUGAUAUGCUAAAAGAUGAAAACUUCCUAGGAAAACAGAUUGAUCAUUUAUUUGUUGCUAAUUUACCAGAGAUUGUGGUGGAGUUACUGAUGACAUUACAUGAACCGGCAACUUCUGGUACCAGCCAAAGCACUGACCUCUGUGAUUUUUCAGGGGAUUUGGAUCCUGCUCCUAAUCCACCUCAUUUUCCAUCACAUGUGAUUAAAGCAACAUUUGCCUAUAUCAGCAAUUGCCAUAAAACCAAGUUUAAAAGCAUUUUAGAAAUUCUUUCCAAAAGCCCUGAUUCAUAUCAGAAAAUUCUUCUAGCCAUAUGUGAGCAAGCAGCUGAGACAAAUAACAUUUAUAAAAAGCACAGAAUUCUUACAAUAUAUCACCUAUUUGUUAGUUUAUUAUUGAAAGAUAUAAAAACUGGCUUAGGAGGAGCUUGGGCCUUUGUUCUUCGAGAUGUUAUUUAUACUUUGAUUCACUAUAUUAACAAAAGGCCUUCUCGUUUCAUGGAUGUAUCAUUACGUAGCUUCUCCCUUUGUUGUGACCUAUUAAGCCGGGUUUGCCACACAGCAGUAACUUACUCUAAGGAUGCUUUAGAAAAUCACCUUCAUGUUAUUGUUGGUACACUUAUACCCCUUGUGGAUAAUCAGAUGGAGGUUCAGGAACAGGUAUUGGACUUGUUGAAAUACUUAGUGAUAGAUAACAAGGAUAAUGAAAACCUCUAUAUCACGAUUAAACUUUUAGAUCCUUUUCCUGACCGUGUUGUCUUUAAAGAUUUGCGUAUUACUCAGCAGAAAAUCAAAUAUAGUAGAGGACCCUUUUCACUCUUGGAGGAAAUUAACCAUUUUCUCUCAGUAAGUGUUUGUGAUGCACUUCCAUUGACAAGGCUUGAAGGGUUGAAGGAUCUUCGAAGACAACUAGAACAACAUAAAGAUCAAAUGGUGGAACUUAUGAGAGCAUCUCAGGGUAACCCGCAAGAUGGCAUAAUGGUGAAGCUAGUUGUCAGCUUGUUGCAGUUAUCCAAGAUGGCAGUAAACCACACUGGUGAAAGAGAAGUUUUAGAGGCUGUUGGAAGCUGCUUGGGAGAAGUGGGUCCUAUAGAUUUCUCUACAAUAGCUAUACAGCAUAGUAAAGAUAUAUCUUAUGCCAAGGCCCUUGAGUUAUUUGAAGAUAAAGAACUUCAGUGGACCCUCAUAAUGCUGACUUUCCUAAAUAAUACACUGACAGAAGAUUGUGUCAAAGUGCGAUCAGCUGCUGUUACCUGUUUGAAAAACAUUUUAGCCACAAAGACUGGACAUAGUUUCUGGGAGAUUUACAAGACAACAGCUGAUCCCAUGCUCAUCUAUCUACAGCCUUUUAGAACAUCGAGAAAAAAGUUUUUAGAAGUACCCAGACUUGACAAAGAAAGCCUUUUGGAAGGCUUGGAUGAUUCAAGCCUGUGGAUUCCUCAAAGUGAAAAUCAUGAUGUUUGGAUAAAAACACUGACUUGUGCAAUUUUGGAUAGUGGAGGCACAAAAAGUGAAAUUCUGCAAUUAUUAAAGCCAAUGUGUGAGGUGAAAACUGACUUUUGUCAGGCUGUGCUUCCAUACUUGAUUCAUGAUAUUUUACUUCAAGAUACAAAUGAAUCAUGGAAAAAUUUGCUUUCUACACACAUUCAGGGAUUUUUCAGUAACUGUUUCAGACACUCCUCACAAACGAGCCGAUCCACAACCCCUGCAAAUUUGGAUUCAGAGUCAGAGCACUUUUCCCGAUGUUAUUUGGAUAAAAAAUCGCAAAGAACAAUGCUUGCUGUUGUGGACUACAUGAGGAGACAAAAGAGAUCUUCUGGCACAGUGUUCGAUGACGCUUUCUGGCUGGAGUUGAAUUAUCUAGAGGUUGCCAAGGUAGCUCAGUCUUGUGCUGCUCACUUUACAGCAUUGCUCUAUGCAGAAAUCUACGCAGAUAAGAAAAACAUGGAUGAUCAAGAGAAAAGAAAUCUUAUGUUUGAAGAAGGAAGCCAAAGUACAACUAUUUCAAGUUUGAGUGAAAAGAGUAAAGAAGAAACUGGAAUAAGUUUACAGGAUCUACUCUUAGAAAUCUACAGAAGUAUAGGAGAGCCAGAUAGUCUGUAUGGCUGUGGUGGAGGGAAAAUGUUACAACCUCUUACUAGACUAAGAACAUAUGAACAUGAAGCAAUGUGGGGGAAAGCCCUAGUAACAUAUGACCUUGAAACAGCAAUCUCUUCAUCAACGCGCCAGGCAGGAAUAAUUCAGGCCUUGCAGAAUUUGGGACUCUGCCAUAUUCUUUCUGUUUAUUUAAAAGGAUUAGAUCAUGAAAAUAAAGAGUGGGGUGCUGAACUACAAGAGCUUCAUUACCAAGCAGCAUGGAGGAAUAUGCAAUGGGACCACUGCAUUUCUGUCGACAAACAAGUAGAAGGAACCAGUUACCACAAAUCAUUGUACAAUGCUUUGCAGUCUCUAAGAGACAGAGAAUUUUCCACAUUUUACGAAAGUCUCAAAUAUGCCAGAGUAAAAGAAGUAGAGGAGUUGUGUAAGGGUAGCCUUGAGUCGGUAUAUUCACUCUACCCUACACUCAGCAGAUUGCAGGCCAUUGGAGAGCUCGAAAGCAUUGGGGAGCUUUUCUCAAGAUCAAUUACAGAUAAGCAACCCUCUGAAGUAUACAUUAAAUGGCAGAAACACUCCCAGCUUCUCAAAGACACCGAUUUUAGUUUUCAGGAGCCUAUCAUGGCUCUACGCACAGUCAUUUUGGAAAUCUUAAUGGAAAAGGAAAUGGAGAACUCCCAAAGAGAAUGUUUUAAGGACAUUCUCACCAAGCACCUUGUAGAACUCUCCAUACUAGCCCGAACUUUCAAGAACACUCAGCUCCCUGAAAGGGCAAUAUUUCAAAUUAAACAGUAUAAUUCAACUAGUUGCGGAGUCUCUGAGUGGCAGCUAGAAGAAGCACAAGUAUUCUGGGCCAAAAAAGAACAGAGUCUUGCCCUGAGUAUUCUCAAGCAAAUGAUUAAGAAGUUGGAUGCAAGUUGUUCAGAGAAUGAUCCCAAGCUAAAACUUAUAUAUACAGAAUGUCUGAGGGUUUGUGGCAACUGGUUAGCAGAAACUUGCUUAGAAAAUCCUGCAGUCAUCAUGCAGACCUAUCUAGAAAAGGCAGUGGAAGUUGCUGGAAAUUAUGAUGGAGAAAACAAUAAUGAGCUCAGAAAUGGAAAAAUGAAGGCAUUUCUUUCAUUAGCGCGAUUCUCAGAUACUCAGUACCAGAGAAUUGAAAACUACAUGAAAUCAUCAGAAUUUGAAAACAAACAAGCUCUCCUGAAAAGGGCCAAAGAGGAAGUGGGUCUUCUGCGGGAACAUAAAAUUCAGACCAAUGACAGAUACAUAAUGAAGGUUCAGCGAGAGCUGGAGCUGGAUGAAUGUGCACUCCGUGCACUGAAAGAGGAUCGUAAACGUUUCUUAUGUAAAGCAGUUGAAAAUUACAUCAAUUGCCUACUAAGUGGAGAAGAGCAUGAUAUGUGGAUAUUUCGCCUUUGUUCCCUCUGGCUUGAAAAUUCUGGGGUUUCUGAAGUCAAUGGCAUGAUGAAGAGAGAUGCAACAAAGAUUCCAUCGUAUAAAUUUUUGCCUCUUAUGUACCAACUGGCUGCUAGAAUGGGGACCAAGAUGAUGGGAGGGCUAGGAUUUCAUGAAAUUCUCAAUAAUCUCAUCUCCAAGAUUUCAACGGAUCACCCCCAUCAUACUUUGUUUAUUAUACUAGCCUUAGCAAAUGCAAACAAAGAUGAAUUUUUGACCAUACCAGAGGCAGCAAGAAGGAGUAGACUAACUAAAAAUGCACCUAAACAAAAUUCUCAGCUUGACGAGGAUCGAAUUGAGGCUGCAAACAAAAUAAUACGUACUAUCAGAAGUAGAAGACCUCAGAUGGUCAGAAGUAUUGAGGCACUUUGUGAUGCUUACAUUAUGUUAGCAAAUUUGGAUGCCACUCAGUGGAAGGCUCAGAGAAAAGGCAUAAAUAUUCCAGCAGACCAGCCAAUUACUAAACUUAAGAAUUUAGAAGAUGUUGUUGUUCCUACUAUGGAAAUUAAGGUUGACCCCACAGGAGAAUAUGAAAAUCUGGUGACUAUACAGUCAUUUAAAGCAGAAUUUCGUUUAGCAGGAGGCAUAAAUUUACCAAAAAUAAUAGAUUGUUUGGGCUCCGAUGGCAAGGAAAGGAGACAGCUUGUCAAGGGCCGUGAUGACCUGAGGCAAGAUGCUGUCAUGCAGCAGGUUUUCCAGAUGUGUAAUACAUUACUGCAGAGAAACACUGAGACCAGGAAGAGGAAACUGACUAUCUCCACAUAUAAGGUGGUUCCCCUUUCUCAGCGAAGUGGUGUUCUUGAAUGGUGCACCGGAACUGUCCCUAUUGGUGAAUUUCUUGUUAACAAUGAGAAUGGUGCCCAUAAAAGAUACAGGCCAAAGGAUUUCAGUGCCUAUCAAUGUCAAAAGAAAAUGAUGGAUGUGCAAAAGAAGUCUUAUGAAGAGAAAUAUAAAACCUUCAUGGAUAUUUGCCAGAAUUUUCAACCAGUUUUCCGUUACUUCUGCAUGGAAAAAUUCUUGGAUCCAGCUGUUUGGUUUGAGAAACGAUUGGCCUAUACUCGCAGUGUGGCUACUUCUUCUAUUGUUGGUUACAUACUUGGACUUGGUGAUAGACAUGUACAGAAUAUCUUGAUAAAUGAACAGUCAGCAGAACUUGUACAUAUAGAUUUAGGAGUUGCUUUUGAACAGGGUAAAAUCCUUCCUACUCCUGAAACAGUUCCUUUUAGACUCACCAGAGAUAUUGUGGAUGGUAUGGGCAUUACUGGUGUUGAAGGUGUUUUCAGAAGAUGCUGUGAGAAAACCAUGGAGGUUAUGAGAAACUCUCAGGAAACCCUGUUAACCAUUGUAGAGGUCCUCCUGUAUGAUCCUCUCUUUGACUGGACCAUGAAUCCUUUGAAGGCUUUGUAUUUACAGCAGAGGCUAGAAGAUGAAACUGAGCUCCACUCAACUCCAAAUGCAGCUCACCGAGAAUGCAAACGAAAUCUCAGUGAUACUGACCAGAGUUUCAACAAAGUAGCUGAACGUGUCUUGAUGAGACUGCAAGAGAAACUGAAAGGAGUGGAGGAGGGAACCGUGCUCAGUGUGGGUGGACAGGUGAAUUUGCUCAUACAACAAGCCAUGGACCCCAAAAAUCUCAGCCGACUUUUCCCAGGAUGGAAAGCUUGGGUGUGAUAUUCAGCAUACGAAUUACCCUUGAAUUCAGCCUUUUGAAAAUACAUUUUGGCCUUCAUUUUUAACCCACCUGUGUACUUUGAAUAGGUAUUAAUAUUAAGUGAACUACUUACUGUUUUUUUUUUUAAAUGUUUAAUACUUGCUUCAAUAACCAAAAAGUGCUUCGACAGUCUCAAGAAACACCUCUCUUACUUUAGAAAUAAUUGUCAUGCAUGCUCUACUUCUAGGCUAAACAUUUUUCCUUCUUAAGUACAUUCUUGUAUCGUUUUCAGUAGUCACACUUUAGCUGAAAAUGGAAGCAGCAGGAGCACAGGAACAUCACCGGCGGUUUCUCCUUCAGUAUGAAUUAGAACAAAUAAAGAUACUGCUAAUUUUGAGAUGGUUUUUAGUUAAAAUUUAUUUCCCAGAGAUUAUUAUAUAUGAAUGAUAAAUUAUUUGAUAUUAAUACAUAAAAGGAAGAAAAAACUUGAAAAUCGUAACCAUCUCUAUAUCAUGGUAAAGCUACCUUAAAAAUAAGAAGCAAUGUUGGAAACAAAUUAGUGUUUAAGAAAUAUGUUUGGAUUUUCAGUAGCAGUGUUACUGAAUCAUACAGUUGUCAUGUUAUGGAGAACAAAUUUCAAAAACACAGAAUGACUACUAUUUUUAAAAGAUAUAUAUUGGUCCUACUCAUUCUGUUCUCUGUCUUUUAAGCCCUUCUGUUUUUUCCAUUGAUCUUUCUGUGAUACCUGUCUUCUGGUUCAUGAACUCUCUUGUCAGGUAUCUUUUUAAACUAAUCAUUGGGUUUCUUCUUUCAAAAAUUGUUUUUUAGUUUCUAGCUACAUAUCAUUCUUCAGAUCUGCCUAUUGAUUCAUAGUGUCUAGUUGUUUUUUUUUAACUUUUCAAUUUUUUUAUGUCACUAGUCACUUUAAACAUCCUUAUUUUAUAGUUUCUCUAAUAGCUCUAUUAAAUCAAUUUCCUGUUGUUUGUAUCUGUUGAUUCUUAUAUUUGGUAGACUGCUUAUUUACGUAUUUUGUAAUUUUGAAAGAUGAGCUUAUUUUCAGCAGGGCUUUCUCUGUGGGAAUCUUACGUGACCCGGGUUAAUAAUAAUUCCUUCCAGAUAAGUUUUGUGUCUCCUUAUGUCAUAUUCCCACUGACAAAGGACCACUGUUAAUUUCUUGGCUGUGGGGUUUCUAGACCCCAAGAGUAGUAUAAAUUACCGAGAGAAGACUCCUAGGCCAAGACAGACACUUUUCCUCAUCAUCUCCCUGUGCUGGUUUUAUUGACUCCACUCUCUCUGAGAGUGCCAGCGUCUGUGUGUUGUACCUUCAUGAUGGGCAUAAGGGGAGGUGGAUUUAAUUCCUACCCACUGCCUUCUGCAAGUCCAACGUUUUAUCAGUCCCUUUAUAGAUGUUAAAACUGAAACCCAUAGGUUAAUGAGAUUGGCAAAUUAUGCUAGGAGAGCUAGAAUGUCAGCUCACACAUUUAGCUUUCUGGUUUUCAGUUCCCUUCAUUUUUGUUCUUUUAGUUCCCUAAAGAUUUCCUCUUAUUUUCUUGUAAGUUCUGCUAGGCAUUUGAAAGAACGUCUCUUGUAUUUUAUCCAGCAUUUCUGUUUUAUUGAAGAGGAAAGAUUUAGAUAUCAAGUUUGAUAUGUAGCUAGAUAUGGAACACCUUUCUGUCCCGAUACUGUCAGCAUGUAAACAAGUAAAACUACUGACUUGUAUAUUGGUGAAUAUAAUUCCUCCUUUAUUCUUAGGAAAAUGUUCAUCUCAGUUGCAGAGAUGAAGAAAUGGGUAAUUGAAUUUUCCUCUUAUUUGUACCUUAGGUAACCAGUUUAUGUAAACAGGUAUUUCUUACAAUGGGUUAGCAUUUCUGUCUAUGGCCAGUGGCAAGCACUCACUCAUAUCUGACCUCCCCAUCUUCCCCUCCUUCCAAAAACAAUCUCCAGAACUUUGUGGACUAUAAAUUUCUUAGUUUGGUUUUUGGAGAACUAUUCUUAAAUUUAUUUCUCAUUUCAAGUUACAGUCUUAUCUUGGUGUCUCUUUUGCUUAUAAGCUGCCUGAAUGAAUAUUUAAUGUAUAUUGGCAGUUUUAUUACUAUAGUGAAUCAAGGGAAUGUAAUAAACUUGGAAUGUCUUUAUUCAAGAAAGCUAUGAAAUCUUCAUGGAUGAAUAAAAAAUGAUUAUUAGAUGAGAAUAUAGGUAAAUGAAUUUGUAACUAAUUCUUGCUGGUUGAUGUAUCCAAAGAACUGAAUAACAUCAUGAGUCCACUCUUCAAUCUUUAAUGGUGUGCCAUAAGGCUCCUGUCCUAUUCAAAUAUUCUUAUUAACAGCUUUGAAAAGUUUACCAAAUUUGAAAUAACAAACCUAGGAGGAAUAGCUGAUUCACAGGUAACAGAAUUGGGAUUCUAAAAGAUUUUGACAAGCCAGAACACUGGAAAUGAUAAGAUUGAAAUUUACUGGGAACAAAUAAGUAAUGGUUAGAUUUCUAAAAUAUUAAUCAUAUAUGUUAUAUGCUGAGUACCUAACAUACAUUAUAUGUAGCAUUUCUUGCAAGAUUAGUCAUGUUUUCCCAGUUUAUACCUGGAGAAAGUGAAGUUUGGAGAAAUAAGGUAACUUCUCCAAGGUCAGAAUAUAAUAAAUCAAAUGUACAAGUUUAGGGACAUCUAACUUAAAAAGCUUCCAGGUGAAAAGAAUCUAGGCAUCAUCAAUCAGUUGCUCACAAGGUCAGUGGAAACCAAGUGAGAAGCUACUAGAAAAGCUAAUAAAUUACAUUUUGAACACGUGUCCAGAUUAAGGGAGAUAAUAGCCCUCCCGCCAUUCUCUGUGCUAGUCAUAACACCUCAAAGAAUCUUCCUAAUUAGGUAUAUAAAUUCAUAGUCAUUAUAGUAUAUGUACUUAGAAAUGCUAAAAAUUUAUAUAUAGUCUAAAGCAAAUAAAAGCAAAAAGGAAAAACUUUGGACUUCUUAAUGAUAAAUUUCAUAUAGAUUUAUUUUAGUACUUUUGAAUGUAUUUCUGUACUACAUGGUUACCAGAUUCCUGUUGUACUGUUACCUAUUUUGAAUAAAUAAUUCUAAAAGAAAAUAUA